UAAAAGCACCGUGGCUUUGUCGUCACAGGUGCAGAUCUCGAACCAAAUCCCUGCAGGCCGUAGCCCCUUCGUCCCCGGAUUCAAUUUCAAAAAAAAUCAGAAAAAGAAAAAAAAAAAAUUAAGUCUCAUCUCUAUAACUCAUUAACUUCACCUUCAGCUCUUCCACUUCUGCAAAUCUUCCCACCUCCGAGAAAAUGUCCGUGCAAGAGUAUCUGGAUAAGCACAUGCUUUCUCGGAAACUCGAAGAUGCCGUUAAUGCCGCCGUCCGGGCAAAGACUUCCGAUCCUGUCCUCUUCAUCUCUAAUCAUAUGAGAAAAUCCGUGCCAUCGGUAAUAACGAAGCUGAAAGCGAGGCAAAUUCUCGAUAGUAGAGGCAUUCCUACAGUCGAAGUCGAUUUGUACACAAAUAAAGGCAUGUUUCGAGCUUCUGCCCCCAGCGGUGCUUCCUUGGGAAUGUAUGAGGCUAUUGAGUUACGUGAUGCAGACAAAGGGACGUAUCUUGGAAAUGGUGUUAGCAGAGCUGUGAAGAAUAUCAAUGAAAAAAUAUCCGAAGCUUUGAUUGGUAUGGAUCCAACACUUCAGUCUCAAAUCGAUCAGGCCAUGAUAGAUUUGGACAAGACAGAGAAGAAGGGUGAACUUGGAGCAAAUGCCAUUUUAGCUGUAUCCAUGGCUGCUUGUAAAGCCGGAGCUGCUGAAAAAGAGGUUCCACUUUAUAAACACAUUGCUGAUCUUUCUGGAAAAACCAAUCUGCUUCUUCCUGUUCCUGCCUUCACUCUCAUAAGUGGUGGAAAACAUGCUGGGAACAACUUGGCUGUACAGGAAAUCAUGAUUCUCCCAGUGGGAGCAAAACGAUUUGAGGAGGCAUUGCAAAUGGGCUCUGAAACCUAUCAUCAUUUGAAGGCUGUUAUUACAGAGAAAUAUGGUGCGCAUGGAUGCAGUGUUGGUGAAGAUGGUGGUUUGGCUCCAAACAUAUCGAGCUUUAAAGAAGCCCUUGACCUUGUUCAGGAGGCCAUAGGCAGAACAGGAUACAAUGAGAAAAUCAAGAUAGCUAUUGAUGCCGCUGCUACUGAGUUUUGUAUAGGCACAAAGUAUGAUUUGGAUUUUAAAACUCCAAAUAGAUCUGGGCAAAAUUUUAAGUCAGGAGAGAAUAUGGUCGAGAUGUACAGAGAACUCUGUACAGGCUAUCCGAUUGUAUCAAUUGAAGAUCCGUUUGACAAAGAAGACUGGGAACAUACAAAAUAUUUUUCUGGCCUUGGAAUAUGCCAGGUAGUUGGAGAUGACUUAUUAAUGUCUAAUCCUAAACGAAUUGAGAGAGCCAUUCAGGAGAAUGCGUGUAAUGCCCUUCUUCUCAAGGUUAAUCAGAUUGGGACUGUGACUGAAGCUAUUGAAGUAGUGAAGAUGGCUAAGGAUGCCAAUUGGGGAGUGGUGGUAUCCCAAAGAAGUGGUGAAACUGAGGACACUUUCAUAGCUGAUUUAUCUGUUGGCAUGGCCACAGGUCAGAUUAAAGCAGGAGCGCCUUGCCGUGGAGAGCGACUGGCUAAGUACAAUCAGUUGAUUAGAAUUGAAGAGGAGCUUGGUGAACAAGCAGUUUACGUUGGUCAGGACUGGAGGCGCUGUUGAUCAUCUUCAUCGUUUUAUACUAGCAAAUUUUGUCCCAUCUGUCAACAAAGUCAAAGUAAUGCAAUUGUGCUCAUACAUAAGCAACCGUUGUUCUUUGCUUGCAUGUUUGUCACUGCAUCCAACAAUUCUUGAAUAGAAUGUGAAGAUUUAAAGGGCUCACAAAACAGGAGUGCAGAACCAAAAAAAUUUUCUUUGAUCAGAUGUUGAUGACUUUGUAUCAUUUAUUUGGCUACUUUUGUCAAUUAGAAAUUAAUAUGGGAUCAAAAUUUAAAUUCAA